AUGAUGCGCAUCGCUGCUACCAAGGCCGCGGCCCGUCCCCUCACUCUCGCCUCGAGAGCUUGCUUCAGCACCACUGCUCGCACCAUGAGCGAGGGCGACACUGGAGCUCCCUCCAAGUUCGGAGGCGGUGACGCCUUCCAGAAGCGCGAAAAGGCCAACGAGGACUACGCCAUCCGCCAGCGCGAGAAGGAGAAGCUUCUCGAGCUCAAGAAGAAGCUCAGCGAGCAGCAGGCCCACCUCCAGCAGCUGUCUGACCACAUCGACGAGAUCACCAAGAACCAGGGUGGCGAGCACAACUAA